AUGGUAUCGCGAGAUUGGAAGCGAGACAAGCCAGGGAAAGAGCACGAAAGAAAGUGGUCUGUGAGGGCGCGGAAUCAAAAAGGGUUGGCUGUGCAUGGUCCUUCUGGUCCUCUGGUCGCUCCACUGGGAACUUCAGUGGUUUUGCCCUGUUAUGUUGAUGAACUUUUAUCAGUAGAUGGACUAGAAGUGGAAUGGAGAAGAACAGACUCAGAGACUUUAGUUCAUCUGUUUGAAGACAAUGACAGUCGAGCAGAAGCCCAGCAUCAGGAUUAUCAGGAUAGAGCUCAUUUUUUUACUGAGCACAUUAAAGAUGGAAACUUCUCCCUCCGUCUGGACAAUUUGAGAGCUGAAGAUGAAGGAGUAUACACAUGUAAAGUUCACUGUCAGCUGGAGUCUGGAGAGAUUGAGGUUCAAAUAAAACAUGUUGAGCGCUUGCUGGUCUCAGGAUCAGAUCAGUCCAUAUCUGUGUCUGUGGGUCAAGAUGUCACUCUGAAUUGCUCUGUAAACUCUCACAUCAAACCUGAAGACAUUGAAGAGGUUUCAUGGAAGAAAACUGAUGAAGAUGAAGAACACAUUCUGGUUCUGCUCUACCAAAACAAUAAGACUUUUUCAGAUUCAUCAGACAAGCGAUACAGAGACAGAGUUGAGUUUUUUACUGCUGAAAUUCCCAAAGGAAACUUCUCUGUCCAUCUGAAGAGCGUCAGAACUGAGGAUAAAGGAGUUUACAUGUGUCAAGUGUUUGCUGGAGAAGCCUCAGCCAAUGCAACUGUAGUAAUGGUACAGCUGGGUUUUUCUGUUUUGCACAUAAUGGUGUUGAUUCUUUGUGUCGCUGCAUCUGGAUCUGCACUUCUUCUGUGUGGUCUGAUCUACUGCACAUCACAAAAUAAAGAUUAUACCUGUAAAACAUCAGUGUACCUGUUUGGAUCAGUUAGCAUUGUUUUAGUGACCUCCAUUGUAAUGGUGACAGAACUCAUCCUGAAAAGAAUAAAUGGAAGACGUUCAGUGUGGGAUCUGAGAAUCAUUGUUUUUCCCUCUGAGACCAUCUUUGUCUUAUUUGGGAUGGCUGCACAAAUUGUGAAAUACUAUAAAACUGCAACAAGGUCAGAGCCUACCAUUCAGAACACAGCAGAAGCUCAUGAAACAGAGGCACUUUCUGGAGUGGAUUCUCUUGAUUUAUGUGAAUCUGUGACUCUUUCCAAAUCUACAUUAAAAGAAUCACAGCAUCAUAUGGAGACUUCUUUUGGGCCUGGCCUGGAGUCCAACAACGUUGUUUAA